AUGGAUAGACUGACAGAUCUGGCGUUUGAAGCUGUCUGUAUACCGUAUGGUGACUACGAUUAUAGUAUAUUUCAUGCUGCGUGCAUUGAACAAGAUACCAAUACUUGUAAGACCGUUCUUUGGUGUAGUCCCAGUAAAAUGGAUACAGCAUUGGCCUUGAAAUGUACAGUUAGAAAUUCUGCGUGUUGUUCCUACAGUGGCUUUACAGCGAAAGAUAUUGUUAAGAACAACAAAGCUUUGAGUUUGUUGCAUAUCAUCGAAAAGGCUGAGAGAAAUGCACUGGCGGGUCUUUCACUAAUACACGAAACAGCAAGACGAGGAAGUCUCAGACAGGUCAAAACAAUCUUUAAAAAUACGGUGAGAGAAAACAUCGACAAACCUUCUCCGCUCCGUGAUGAUGAUCAUGCAACGCCUCUCUUGCUUGCUGCUAGAUUCAAUUCAUGCCAAGUUGUUAGAUUCUUAGUCGAGAACCGGGCAAAUAAAGAUGCAAAAGAUUGGAUGGGAAGGGGGGUGCUUCAUUAUGCAGCUAUGGGAGGAAAAGAAGCAACUGUGUCAUAUCUUCUCUCUGUUGGUAUCCUUGUAGAUUAUAAAACAAAUUGGGGAAAAACAGCAUUACACAUAGCAGCAAUGAAAGGUUAUGCUGCAGUAGUCAGCAUUCUUGUUCAAAGUGGUGCUGAUCUCGAAUCUUCCACCGGAUUUGGUGACACCCCUCUUUUACUCGCAGCAGAGGAGGGGAAUAUAGACUGUGUAAAGGUGCUUACACAUAGUGGUAGCAAUAUAAAUGUCUCAAACAUGGCGCAUUACACCCCUCUUCAUAAUGCAGCCAAAGAAGGGCAUCAUGUGACUGUCAAAUUCCUUCUGCAACAUGGUAGUCAAGUUGAUGCUGUCUCCAGUUGUGGAGAAACCCCUUUGAGCCUAGCAGUUAGAAAAAAACAUGGUAAAGAGGCAGUUGCUCUUUUGCUUCAGUAUGGAAGUAGUGUAAAUUUGCGUGAUCUUUGUGGAAGAACGGCCCUUCACUAUUGUGUGGAUAGAGAUGUUGCUGUACUUUUGGUUCAAAAGGGUGCAGAUCUACAUGCAGCAGAUAUUGAGGGUAAGACACCACUGUUCCUAGCAGCUCUUGGUGGUUAUGAAAGCGUUGCUGACCUUCUUAUUAAUCAAGGGAGCUCUGUAAAUGCAGCCAGCAAAUCUGGGGACACUGCCCUCCACGAGGCAGCCAUUAGAGGGCAUACAAGUACUGCACAAGUCCUUCUGAAGUACGGAGCUAACAUCAAUGCUAGAACAGUGACAGGGGAAACUCCCCUUUCUCUUGCUGUGAUUACCUCUAAAGUUAGAAUGAUACAGCUGCUACUUUCCCUUGGUGCUGAUUAUGGAUAUACCCCUUAA